AUGCCAGUAGGAGAAAUGGCUGUCCUCCUCUUUACCAGCACUCCCGCCACUCCGCUCUCCUCUGUCUCACCUUCAUCGAUUCGUUCUGCAAUUACUGCCCACCCAUUCUCCAGGUCAUGCAGCAAUUCUGUUUGUUUGAGGCGAAAAUCAUAUGUUGGGUACAGAACUCUAACUCCAUUUAUCCUCAAGGAGAGAGGUACAUUGAUUUUUAAGGCAACUUCUGAUGUUGAUGGAGUAGGCUCCACUGAUCUGGAGUCUCCUGUCCCUCCCUCGGAAAGUAAUGAGGAAAAUGUCCCCAUUGAGAACCUUCCUCUUGAAUCCAAGUUACAGCUGAAACUCGAGCAGAAGAUGAGGAUGAAGGCGGCAAAGAAGAUUAGGCUAAGGAGAAAGAGGCUUGUUAGGAAGCGCCACCUGAGGAAGAAGGGACGAUGGCCUCCUUCGAAGUUGAAGAAGAACAAGAAUGUGUAA